GGUUUGUGUCCCGUUUCCGGGCUCCUCCUGAGUGUCACAUGACCUGUCAGUAAUUUAUAGCUGUCGGUGACAGUGAUUGGUGGCCGCUUAUCUCCCUGUGAUUGAUACAUGUGACUGCAGCUGCUGCGCCGCCUCCUGAUCAUUGAUUUUCUGGCUCCAUUGAGCAGGGGCACCGCGGGGUGAUUGGCAGUCGGGCUGCAGGUGCCACUGACCUGCUUGUUGACAGGUCCCAAUAAUGAAGCUUUGUGAGGGAAUUCUGGACAUGGAACUAGCUGAUUACUCCGAGCCCCUGGACUCCACGUACACCAUGCUGGAAUUCGACAGUAUCCGGGUCCUGCCGCCCAAUGCAGAGAUAAUAACCAUUGAGUCGGGGAGCCCGGGGCCCCUCAGCAGCGGCAUCAGCGCCUUGUGCGCAAUCUGUGAAGACCGGGCAACAGGGAAACACUACGGAGCGUCCAGCUGUGAUGGCUGCAAGGGGUUUUUCCGAAGAAGUGUCCGCAAGAAUCAUAUGUAUGCCUGCAGGUUCAGCAGGCAGUGCGUCGUGGAUAAGGAUAAGCGGAAUCAGUGUCGCUAUUGUCGUCUGCGGAAAUGUUUCCGAGCGGGAAUGAGAAAAGAAGCCGUGCAGAACGAGCGAGACCGGAUCAGCAUGAGAAGGAGCAGCUUCGAGGACAACGGCGCAUUAUCCAUCAGCGUCCUGACCCAGGCAGAAGCCAUGACACAGCAGUUCUCCUGCCUCAGUCCAGCAUCCGUGGGGGAAAUUUCCAUGAAGAAAAUCGCUACGAUCGGCGAUGUGUGCGAGUCCAUGAAGCAGCAGCUCCUCCUACUGGUCGAGUGGGCGAAGUACAUCCCAGCGUUCUGCGAGCUUCCUCUGGACGACCAGGUGGCUUUGCUGCGGGCGCACGCUGGCGCUCAUCUCUUGCUGGGUGUCGCCAAGCGCUCCCUCCCUUAUACAGAUUUCCUGCUUCUGGGGAACGAUUUCAUCAUUCCCAUGCAGUGUCCAGAGCAGGAGAUCGCCCGCGUGGCGGUGAGGAUCCUGGACGAGCUGGUGAAGCCGCUACGGGAAAUCCUGAUCGAUGACAACGAGUACGCCUGCCUGAAGGCCAUUAUAUUUUUUGAUCCGGACUGUAAGGGCCUCAGCGACUCCAGUAAAGUGAAGAACAUGCGAUUCCAGGUGCAGGUGAACCUAGAAGACUACAUCAACGAUCGGCAGUACGACUCCAGGGGGCGCUUCAGCGACAUCCUCCUCCUCCUCCCCCCGCUGCAGAGCAUCACCUGGCAGAUGAUCGAGCAGGUGCAAUUCGCCAAGUUGUUUGGAAUGGCGCGAGUUGACAGCCUGCUGCAGGAAAUGUUACUGGGAGGGUCAGUGGCGGAUGGCGGCCAUCAUUAUCUGCACGCAGCGCCCUCCAGUCUCAGCCUGGAGCUCCUCCCCGCUCACACCCAGGUGCUGCCCCCCUCAGAAUCCUCCGAAGUGUCACUCCCAUCCUCCACCACCAUCGGGACUGCCAUACCCGUCCUGCACCGCACCGUCAUCGCCAAGAAAGAGAUCUUAUAGGACGAAGUGCCGUCCGACCCUGCACAGAGGAGACAGAUUGUGUCAAGAUAGAAUUAAAAUAUAAAGUGAUGGAUGAUGGGGGUUGUGGCCACCAGAGAGACUCAAUUUCAUGGUAACGCACCGAGAGGAACGUUUUGGCAGCAUCCGGUAUAUAUUAACCACAUUCUGAAC